UUGUGCAUUCCUUGCAUGCUCACAUUCAGCAGAGAGCAGAGUCUGGGGGCUGAAAGGAAGAGGAGGGAGGAGUUAGUCUCUGUGAAGGCGAGCAUAUGUCCAGCAGUUGGUGAAACAGAUUUUCUUCUCUCAGCUCGAGGGGGUGAGAAGAAAGGAGGGAGUGGCACCCGCUCUCACAUGAUGUGGCUGAUUCUUAUUUACAGUUGCACCGGCGGAGCAGCGCUUCUGUAUGCUCUGUACAGAUGGGUGAUCCCUGCCGCUGUUCAGUAUCAUGGAGGGUUGGCGCUGCUUUGGCAUGAUGUCAUCGUGGAGCGCAUGCUGGACACACUGACCCAGUCCACUCGUCCUCAGCGGCUCCUGGGCGCAGUUCAGAAGAACGCCACUAGAGGGGACCCUCGCAGCGUGGUCAGAGCCAUAGAUCACUUCUGCAGGCACAAGGAGUGGGCCAUGAAUGUGGGGGAUGAGAAAGGCUGCAUUCUCGACUCGGUGGUGACUGAGGUGAACCCACACACUGUGUUGGAGCUGGGAACCUACUGUGGCUACUCCACGGUGCGGAUUGCCAGCCUGCUGCCCCCUCACGCCAAGCUCAUCACUCUCGAGUUUAACCCAGACUAUGCUGCAGUUGCUCGUCAAGUCAUUGCCUGGGCAGGACUAGAGGAGAAGGUGCAGUUAGUCGAAGGCGCCUCUAGCGACUGGAUCCCCAAGCUGAAGGAGCAGUUUGGGAUUAAAACAUUUGACCUGGUUUUCCUGGAUCACUGGAAGGAUCGCUACCUUCCUGACACAAAGCUGAUCGAGGAGUGCGGCCUCCUCCGGAAAGGCAGCGUCCUGCUGGCGGACAACGUCAUCUGUCCCGGAACGCCUGACUACCUGGAGUACGUCCGGAGCAGCCCGCAAUACAAAAGCCAAUACUUCAAAUCUCACCUGGAGUACACCAAAGUGGAGGACGGCUUGGAGAAGUCUGUUUUCUUAGGGUAGUUCUUGAAAACCAGACUCACAUUUAACACAGGCACCAGUAAAUGUCAGACCCUCUGAUGUCUGGCGUUCACUGAGCAGACUCAAAACUCACAAUGUGUAAUUUUCUGCUGCUAUUGCAGUCAAACAAUAAUAUAAGGACAUUUUGGAGUAGCGUGGGGUCAUGUUAGUUGUUUUCUUCUCCACCACUGCAGACAGGGACUCCCUGAGUGUUAAUCUUUCAGUAGGAUUUUAGGAGGAGCUAGAUUGUCUGCAGAGAUCUACUCUCCAAAACAGGAAGGGUAUGAGGCCAUUUACAGGUGUCCACACUGGACUGUUACUGGGAUUACAAUGAAAGAUUUCUCAAGAUUUGAAAAGUGUUGGAGACAUGUUGAGAAGAACACAACUGAGCACAUAUGUAGCAUAGGUACAGUCGUUUUUACACGUUUACCUUUAAAACCAGAAAUAACAUCUUGUUUUACAAUAUGUGAUGAUGUUAACUUAAAAUUAAAGGUAACUCAGAGGGAAAUCAAAAA